GUUGAAUUAUGCUACUGAUUACAGAUUCUUUAAAGCACAAUUUAUAACAAAUAUAUAAAUUGUAAGGAGGGGUUACAGAAGCUGCUCCUCGGCGCUGACACUGACAAGCAUCUGCUGAGAAUGUAACUUUGACGCACUUUUAUUUUGAAAUACACUAUCUGGAUGCACUUCUCUUUCAGUGCUCUCUUUAUUUCUCAACGUAAUCACACGCUCCGGGACACAGCCCCCUCCACGCACACACACACUUGCAGACAGAAACACACCUUCACAACCUCAGCACACCGGCCUGACCCGCUGCAGACGCGGAAACCUCCACGUUCUCAACCGCACUUGUGACAACAGAGAUGAUUGAAACCUGAGGGGGAUGUCUGGCUGCGUGAGGAAAAACCAACCCUGCAGGAGGCUCUGAAUAAAAAGCUGCUGGAUCCCAUCUGUGCCAACACAGAAGGGGUUUAUAGUUUACACUGUGCUGGCUGAGGUCCAGCAUCUUCCCCAGAGCUGCUUAGAAGUUGCAGCAAAAUAAUAAAAGAAAUAAACAUCUCUGUUUACUCAUCCCACUACCUCUUUCAUCCUCCCUUUUUUUUCUUGUGUCCUGGCUGCAAGUUAUUUGCCACUUCACUCCUGCGCCUCAAAGGAACGAUUACACCGCUAACUGGACCUCAUCUCAACCCAUCUUGCCAAACAUUAUUCUAUAUCGAAAUGAACUCUUCCUCUUCUAUUACAUCCCUGUUCUCCUUCACCAGCCCAGCAGUUAAGCGUCUGCUCGGCUGGAAACAAGGAGACGAGGAGGAGAAGUGGGCAGAAAAGGCUGUGGAUUCUCUGGUGAAGAAAUUGAAGAAGAAGAAGGGAGCAAUGGAGGAACUGGAGAGAGCCCUCAGCUGCCCUGGGCAGCCCAGUAAGUGUGUGACAAUUCCUCGGUCGCUGGACGGUAGGCUGCAGGUGUCCCACAGGAAGGGUCUUCCCCAUGUCAUCUACUGCAGGGUGUGGCGCUGGCCUGACCUGCAGUCCCACCAUGAGCUGAAACCCCUCGAAUGCUGUGAGUUCCCCUUCGGCUCCAAACAGAAGGACAUCUGCGUCAAUCCGUACCACUACAGGCGCGUGGAGACUCCAGUGCUUCCACCAGUUUUGGUCCCACGCCACAGCGAGUUCAACCCUCAGCACAGUUUACUGGCCAAAUUCAGGAAUGCCUCUCUAAACAACGAGCCUCUGAUGCCCCAGAACGCCACCUACCCAGACUCCUUCCCGCCGCCUCCGGUCUCCUCCUUCUGCUCUUCUCCAGCUUCCUCCCUCGCACAGUCCCCCACCUCUCAGAGUUAUCCCAACUCCCCUAGCAGCUCCGCAGAACCUGGCAGUCCAUAUCACAUCACAGCUGACACGCCUCCACCUCCGUACAGCAUGAUGGAGACAAACGCUCAAGAGGAUGUGAAGCCAAGCAACUCCACAGAAACCACAAAACUCACAUUUUCUGCUCCACACCGAGAUAUGAGGCCCGUUUGUUACGAGGAGCCCGAGUACUGGUGCUCCAUCGCUUACUAUGAGCUCAACAACCGGGUGGGGGAGACUUUCCACGCCUCGUCCCGCAGCGUGCUGGUGGACGGCUUCACAGACCCGUCCAACAACAAGAACCGCUUCUGUCUCGGUCUGCUUUCCAAUGUCAACCGCAACUCUACCAUUGAGCACACACGCAGGCAUAUAGGCAAAGGUUUACAUCUGUACUAUGUGGGUGGGGAGGUGUACGCCGAGUGUCUGAGCGACAGCAGCAUCUUUGUGCAGAGCCGCAACUGUAACUUCCAGCACGGCUUCCACACCUCCACCGUGUGCAAGAUACCCAGCGGCUGCAGCCUGAAGAUCUUCAACAACCAGCUGUUCGCUCAGCUUCUCGCCCAGUCUGUCAACCACGGCUUCGAGGUCGUCUAUGAGCUCACUAAGAUGUGCACCAUCCGCAUGAGCUUCGUCAAGGGCUGGGGAGCUGAAUACCACCGUCAGGAUGUGACCAGCACCCCCUGCUGGAUCGAAGUGCACCUGCAUGGACCCCUGCAAUGGCUGGACAAGGUGCUCACGCAGAUGGGCUCCCCGCACAACCCCAUCUCUUCAGUAUCGUAACAUAAACGCACAAACACUUUUGAGUGUGUGCCUGCUGUCUUCACACAGGUAGUCAUAUGUUCUGGUCAGUUUUCUGCCCAUUUCAUUUUUCUCGUAACAUCACAUUAUGACUACUGUGCAAUCGCUGAUGGAAAAAGUGUACACUAGAACUGGUAUUUUAUUUAACAUGAUGUAAACAUACUAUAUCAUUUCCUUUUGACUUACAUAGGUCGCCAAUUUCAGCAUAAUGAAGCAUUUCUGGAUUCAUUCGGACACUUUAGCUGCACAAAAAAUAAAUGGGAUAUAUUUGGAGGUACUCGGUUAUGUUAGUGAUUUGUGGUGUAUUUCCAUGUGUUGACCAAUGUUUGACUGAAUGUACUUCAGCUUUUUUUUACAUGUCCAAUUAAAGUUUUUCUUUAUCAUUUGUUUUUCCAACAUUUUGAUUUUUUUUAAGCAUUUGUUCCCUCCUUAAGAAUAAAGCUCAAACCAUGCCUUAAAAUUCA